AUGGACACUCCUGAACCAUCCCUGAAGGUGCUGUUCAACCAAGCAAAGAAACAGCAAGAAGAUUUGGAUGGCCUCGACCCCCGGAGCGCAAACUUCAAGCACACCCUUCAAUCCAUCAUCGACAACCUCGAACAGUGUCGCAAAUUGAUUCAAGACCUCUCUUUGUUCAGUACGAAUGAAGAGGUUGAAGACAUAUCUACGCAAGACCUGCAAUACCUGACGGUGGACUGUCUACUGGCCGAAGUCAAGAUCAGAGGAUAUGGCGAAAACAGACUAUCAUCGUUGCGGGACGCCGCAGAACUAUUCGAACAGUUUUUGACCCGACUAGAUCAAUAUGGUCUGCUAGAUGCCUCGGAUCGCCAACUUUACGAACGCUACCUCGAACAGCGCGGUUCAUUUCGAAUAGUCUCCUCGAAUAGCCCCGAGGAGAAACGAAGGAUCAAGAUUUCUCGCUUUCAACAAGAAAAAUCUUUGAAGCAAAAGUUGCAGGUUUGUGUUCGUCUCACGCUGUGCAUCACAAAUUCACUGACAAAACAGUAUCUGAGAGACGAAUCCACGAAAUCCAAUGUUGACGACGAGACCAUUCGGAGUCUUUAUCUGGCCGAAAUUGCUCUCCUAGUCAACAAGGCGUUCUCGUCUCUGGAAAUGAUAAAUCAGGAGUUGGAAAUAUUAUCUCAGAUGCGGGAUACCGAGCCAGCUAGGCCCGGGCUAUCACCGCCAGAUCAGAGAGCUCCCGCGAGGUCUGAUGCUUAUUCGGAGCGUUUAGACCGGCCUGCUACAAUGGCAGGCCUUGGAAAGAGAGGAGGCCCCUUACUCAGUUCUAGCGGAAAACCUCUUCAGCCCUUCACCCUCACAGACAAGCGGACCCAAUUGCGACAGGGCGUAUUCAGGCCAGGACACAACCUCCCUACCAUGAGCAUCGACGAGUAUCUGGAAGAAGAGCGCCGAAGGGGUGGCAUUAUUGACGGUGGAGGAAACGCCAAUGCCCCUCAGGCCGAGCCCGAUGAGGAUAAUAUGGAGCAAGUCGACGCUGCCACGAUGAAGGCACGAGAGUGGGAUGAGUUUGUAGAGGCUAACCCGAAAGGAGCUGGAAACACGUUGAACCGGGGGUAG